AUGUCUGCCACUAGAAACAUCGACUCCGUCAACCCCAAGCAGGGCGAGUUCCACCCUAGUGUUCCCCGCUCCGAGCCUCUUACCACCAAGGGCCAUGCCCCCGGUACCAAGGUCGGCAACGAUGCCCACCCCGAGUUCCAUGCCCAGGCCUACCCUGCCGGCACCGCACCCUCAGAGAACACCUUCAGACCCAACGCGACCUCCGAGACGCCCGGUCAGGCACUGAACCCCGACAUCGACCCCUCAAGCCGUACCGGUGCCACUGACUUCCCUGGUGCCACUUCCGCCGAUGUCCACACUGGCCUCGGCAAGCCUAUCCAGGGCCAGACCAGCGCUGAGCUGCAUGGUUCCAACGUCGGUCGCCGCAACAAGGAGAGCGCUGGCCUCGAGGGUGUCGGCGCCUCUGGCAAGGACAACUUCCGUGACCGCCGCCUUGACGUUGGCGUCGCGCCUGGUGCGCGAGGCGACUCUGGCAACCCCCAGAACAUCACUCCUGCGGAGGACCGGGAAAACGUUUCUGCUGAGCAGGUUGCGAGCGAGCGUCGCUAA